ACGUGUUUCGUCCUACAGGGGCUGAGUUUACUCAGUCACAAAGCUCUCUUUGUUCUUUCACUUUCGCUUUUUUUUCGCUGUGGAACACUUUGUGGAUAUUUAAAUCUUUUUUCCCCAUACUUCUUCUCGUAAAUGUGUUAACUCUUAAAAGACAAUUCCAAUUUACAAUUAAAAGUAAUUUGGGAAGUGGUUGCGUCUCGUCAUUUGUAUUUUCGGUGCUUUCCCAGUAAAGUGCGUCAUAGCGUUGACUGGUUAAUUCCUCUUUCAUUUAGCCUCGUGUUUAGUUUGUAAGGUAAGUUUUUGCCGUUGCCCCUUUUGUAAUUUACAUUUAAAUGUAUAUGUGUGAUGAUUUAGAACACAUUUUUGUCCUUUCUAAAUAAUAUGUUUUAUCUGAUCACGUUAAGAGCGUCAGUUCUGAUUGGUUGGCUGCUUUUUUAUUGACUCCUAAAGGUUUUUGAUCUUCAGUUAAUCAUCUUCAAGAAACUCCAAUCAACAACAUGGCUCAUUUGGAUCAAAGUCAAUUACAGAUGAUCAAUGUAAUAACCGAGGCUCUCAGUAGCAGUGACUGCAGGAAGUUAAUCUAUCUGUGCGAAAGCUUAGAAACAGACUGCUGUGCUGAAUUAGUGAAGGAAACGCUGAAAUCCAAAGUGGAAAACACUGGAGACGCCCAUUUGUUCCUAAAGGCGCUCAUAUCUUGUCUGGGGCGUUAUGACGUCCUAAAGAAGGUCUAUAAAGUUUGCAGGACUGAGAUAGAACAGAAGAUGCAAACAUAUGAAAAUAUUUUCCAACCAUUCAGAGUACUGAUGAUCAAUAUAAGUGAAGAAAUGUCUACUGAAGAUGUGGAGGAGAUAAAAUUCCUAUUUGGUAACACGUUAUCUCGUGAGAAAGUCAAAAAAUCUAAGUCCUUCUUGGAUGUGAUCGUUGAACUGGAGAAGUUGGAUUUAGUUUCACCUGAAAGAGUGGACAUUGUGGGAAAAUGUUUACUUGAUAUUGGCAGAGUCGAUCUGGUCAAAAAAGUCAACUGCUACAAGAUGUCAGAGAGCCGCAUCAGAUGGAUGGAAGAGCCGCGGGUUGUGACGUGUUUUCUCCAGGACCAGAGAGGACGCAAACUCAAUACAUCCCUUUCAUUGCGAGCUGGGCCAUCUGCAGAGCCGUUAGCUCAACGGCAAAGCUGCCAAGCUGCUGAAAUCAAACAAAGUCAGCCCGCGCACAUAGCCAGAGUAAACAUGGUGGUUCCUGUACACAAAGAGGCAGCCUGCGGGAGUCCGAUGGAACGGUACAACCUGAACACUAAUCCAAGAGGAGUCUGUGUAAUUAUAGACUGUGUGGGAAAUGGUGGAGAAAUGUUAGAACAGACGUUCAAGGCUCUUCACUUCAACGUUUCCCUCUACCUUUUCUUGACUUCUGAUCUCAUCCUUUUAUCUCUCAGAGAAAUAUUGAGACCGACAGAAAACCACAUAGGAGAUGCUUUUGUCUGUUGCAUCAUCAGCCGUGGUUCUACCCACCGCCUUUUGGGUACAGAUGAGUAUGGUGGCGGUUUUGCUAUAGAUUGCAUCAGAAAUCUUUUCACGGGUGACGCUUGUCCCAUGCUGGCUGGGAAGCCAAAGCUGUUCUUUAUCCAGAGGUACAACGUUGUAGAGUCUAAUUUGAACUACGUGGCCGAGAGCGUGGAGGUCGAUGGCUUUAAUAGACAGCCAGCGAGUGGUUCCAUUCCCAAAGAAGCAGAUAUAUUCUGGAGUCACUGCUGGACAGAUGAACGUCAGCUGCUGCAAAGGAAACAUCACUCUGUCUACCUAAAGGCGCUGACUGAUGCCUUACACGACGCCCAAAGAAGGAAACUGAAUCUUGUUGACGUUCAAAUGAGGGUGAAUGGAGCCAUUUUUGAGCAUAAUAGAAGAAAUCCUGGAGCAGCUUAUAGCAUCGACGUAAAACACACUUUAAGGAAGAAUCUAUAUCUGGAUUAGAAAUGCUAAAGUGGAAGUUACUUCAACUGAACUCCCUCAACCAAUUUCACAUGGAUUCAAGCGUUUCAUUUGUGCACACUGCCACCUAGCGGCUGAAGAAGAAAUAUUUAAAUACUAAACAUAUUUUUCUCUCUUUAUUUUAUACAUUUUUCUAUAAAACCUUGUCCCCCCCCCCCCCCCCCAAUCCAUAUUCAGAACCUCAACAUUUUAACCAGAGACUCAAUGAAGAUGGAAAACUAGAACCAAACAGAAUAGAAGCAGAACAUUUAUUUAAAUAUAAAGUAAAACUAAAUAAAAGUGUAUUUGCUUCCGUCACUACUCAUUCUGUAUACCUGAGACACUAUUUAGUUCUUUAUAUUUCAACUUUUUUAUAACAGAUGCAAGUAAACUAUUGAGAGACUUCAUGAUACAGACGUCUGAAAAAGAGCAACAUAGAGUAUUGUUAGUCCUGGAAACUCAAGACUUACAGUUAAACUAACAUUGGAAGGCAGCUCACUAUAUAAAUUUACAUUUUUUUAUUAUCUCAGAUCUCAGUAAAAAAUGAGUCUUGAAGUUUACUGUAAUAAAAUAUAGUCUAAAGACGCGACGAGGAGCUUUUCUUCAUCGUCAUGAAGUUGAAUGUUUCUUUCUGCUUCUCUUUAAAUGUGAAUUUAAAUUUAUAUAAUUAUGCUAGCUUAUAAAUGUCAAAUGCUGACCUUAAUAUAUUUAGUUGAAAAUGUAUUUUUAUUCAUAGCUUUAAUAGAAUGUUAAUUGUACUUUUUAUUACAUUUCAUGUAUUCAUCAUAAUGUACAAUAAAGUUUUAACUUACCAUCCUUCCGUUUUUAAGGUUUUGUGUGGGGCCAAGUGAUCAUUUUGCAUCUACCAAAUCAAAAUUGAAAAAGAACAUCAGUAAGACACUGAGUGAAUAGUCAUGUUAAUUUGAAUGUAUUAGUGCUGAAAUACUUAAUGUUUUAUUCAAAUUUUGCUGCUACAGCCACUUACUAUGGAAGAUUGUGGGAGAAAAUAUGUUAUAUUUACAUUGCAUGAAUAUUUGUCUGUUUCUUAUCUAAAGCACAAACUAUCACAACAUUGCAAUUCAGUAAAAAGCAAAAUCAAAAAUUCUACUUAACCUUAUAUCACUAUUAAUUAAGCAAUGUAAAUUUUUUCCCCAGUGUUGCUAUUUGCUGUUCAUUUAUUUAAAUGUUUUGGAAAAAGGCAUUUUAAUUUUUUUAUAAACUAUUUUGUUGUA